CCCUCUCCUCGCGCCUCUGUUUCCGCGGGCGGGUGUUUCUGCCGCACCGGUCCCCCGCCAUGGCAGCUGCGGAAGGGAAGGACCCGCUGGGCUUUUUCGCCGCUUACGGGGCCAGCGACGACAGCUCGGACAGCGCGGGCUCGGACUCCGAAGGCGACGAAGGGCCCGGCUCGGGCCGCGGCGGGGAGGCCAAAGGGCCGCCUCCUCUGCCCAGGGGGAGCCCCGAGGGCAGGCCGCGCUUGCCCGGGCCCGACGAGCUGUUCCGCAGCGUCCACCGGCCGGCCUUCCUUUAUAACCCGCUGCACAAGGAGAUCGACUGGGAGAGCCGGGUCCUGCGAGCUCCCGAGGAGCCUCCAAAAGAGUUCAAGGCAUGGACGACACAUGCUGUUCCACCCCCUGAAACUUAUAGUGUCAAAGAAACAAAGCCGCCGCCACCUCCUGAGCUCGAUAUGGCAAUCAAAUGGUCCAAUAUGUAUGAAGAUAAUGGUGAUGAUGCUCCAAGGAAUCCAAACAAAGUUAACUUCUUACCAGCAGAAGAGGAGCAAGAGCACGUAGAAUCAGAUGAUGAAAAAGAUGAACCUGCUUCGUUUAAGAAACGCAAGCUAGACCCUGAGGAGCAGAUGAGAAAAAAGAAGCAGUGAUGAAUUGAACAAAAGUUUGACUGCUGACAAUGUUGUUCUUGAACAUGUAGAACGUCUACUGAACAUUGAUUUCACCACUGGACCAGGGAGCAAAAAGCAUUGCCAACCAUACAGCACAUUUAUGGACUCUAUUAUUAUACAGGAAAUUAUAGAAUGCAUUGAUUGGUAUUGUUUUAGAUGUCAUGUCUAUAAACCCACAAUGUUUCAAUUAGAACCCUUUUAAUGAAAACACAACCUUUUAGAAUAUUGUGGUAAAUAUUUGUGUGGGCUAUGGAAUUUCAGAGUGUUCUGUUCAUUCAUGAAACUGAAAAAAAUGUGAGAAUUGUUUACUGAACUACCAUUGGGGUAGAAGAUAUUUGUUUCUAAAAUCAAGAAAUGACAUUUUAAAGGGGUGAAGUUUUCAACAAUGUAUUGUGGUGAUGAUAGUGAUGCUAUUUUGAAAUGUAUGUAAAAUAUGUAAAUAGGUCACUGAAAUAAAACUAUAUGUUUGGAAGUGUA